AUGGCUCGUCUUGCAUUUUUGGCCCUCGGAUCCACCGCCCCGGCUGUGGAACAAUGGAUCGUGGCAUUGAAACCCGAGGUAUCCUCCGAUGCCGACUUGAAGCUUCAUGCUCGGUGGGUCUCGGACCUACACGCCAAGAACGUGCAGAAGCGUGACGAUGCUCCGGCUGGGCUUGAGAAGACCUUCCAGUUUCCUGGCUUCUCGGCGUAUGUCGGGUCUUUUGACGAGGAUACGCUGGAUGCUAUUAAGCAUAACCCCAAUGUUACCGCUGUGGAGAAGAACCCAGAGGUCUUCUUGGCGUCGCCAAUCACGCAGGAGAAUCCUCCCUGGGGCCUGUCUGCCAUCUCGCACGCCAACCCACCCUCUUCCUCCUCCAAUUACAGGUACGACUCCAGCGCCGGUGCCGGAACGUUCUCCUACGUUCUAGAUUCCGGGCUUCUGGCCAGUCACAGGGAGUUUGAGGGAAGAGCUGCCCUUGCCUAUGAUGCGACAAACGGAGCGGCGACUGACCACGGCCAUGGUACUCACGUCGCUGGUAUUAUUGGUGGAGUUACCUACGGAGUCGCGAAGAAGACUUCAAUCAUUGGGGUUCAAGUUACUGGCUCAUCUUCUGGCUCUGGUGCAUGGAUCUUGGACGGCCUAGAUUGGACCGUUCGCGACGUCAUUUCCAAGAACCGUGUCGGAAAGGCGGUCAUCAACAUGUCUCUUCUCACUGGAAGCUCUACUGUCGUCAACAACGCCGUCCAGGCAGCCAUCGAUAACGGCAUCCCAGUCAUCGCGGCUGCAGGCAACUCCAACGUCGACUCAGCUGACUGGUCACCUGCCAACCUCCCUGCCGCCAUCACGGUCGCUGCAAGUAACAGUAACUAUCAGCGAUGGAGAGCCUCCAACUGGGGCUCUGUAGUGGAUCUGUUUGCACCUGGAGAGAGUAUCACCUCUGCUUGGUACACUUCGUCUACCUCAACCUAUACUACUUCUGGCACGUCUCAGGCAGCACCACAUGUUGCUGGAGUGGUGGCGUAUCUUCUGGCACUGGAGGGCCCACGAACCCCUGCACAGAUCAAGGCGAGGAUUUUGGCACUAGCGACUAAGGACCUUAUCUCGGAUCGACGGGAGGUCCCGAAUCUGCUGCUGUAUAACGGCAAUGGUGCCUAA